AUGUGGUGGUUCACAGCACAUUUAUCAUCCACUGUUAUUUCAGAAAUCGUUGACAACCUGAUUGUAAAAGUUAAUUCACCUAGCAUACCUGAUGCAGUUGAUAGACUCUUCACGGAUAUAGCAAAAAUCAACAGGGAGUCUAUGGCUGAAACACAGGAUGCUCAGGUGGAAAAAAUGGCAGUAAAACUGUGGAACUGGGCAGUUACCAAGAGAGUAGCUUCGAUUAUUAGUGAAGAGCAGAAAGCUAAAUUACGUCAUGUUGCUUGCAAGCUAGUGUGCAUGUGUGAAGGCUCAAUUCCUUCAGAAGAAGCUGUUCGAAGACAGAUUUUGAUGAAUAUGAAAACUGGAAAAGGGUGGGUGAAUGUUGGAAAUGCUGUGAUGGCUGAUGAAUUUUUUCAAGCUGCCGUGGCUAGUCUGGAGAAAUUAUAUGUCAAAUUAAUGCAGAGGAGCUCCACUGAGACCCACUUGACCAUGCAUAAGAUUGCUGUGGAAAAGGACCUCUUCAAAGUGCUUUCAUAUCAGGCUGAAUCAGCAGUUGCUCAAGGGGAUUUUCAAAGAGCAUCUACGUUUGUAUUGCGCUGUAAAGAUAUGCUGAUGAGGCUACCAAAAAUGACAGGAUAUCUUCAUAUUCUGUGCUACAACUUUGGAGUGGAAACUCACAAUCAGGAUAAAUAUGAAGAAAGUUCUUUUUGGCUUAGCCAAAGCUAUGAUAUUGGGAGGAUGGUUAAGAACACUGCUGGGCCAGAAAUGCUGGCUAAAGUUCUUCGGUUACUAGCCACUGCUUAUUUAGAUUGGGGUGACAGAGAAUAUUAUGACAAGGCUCUCAAUGCUAUAAACCUGGCAAACAAGGAACAUUUAAAUCCACAUGGGCUUUUCUUAAUGAUGAAAAUCCUCUUGAAAGGUGAAACAGCUGAUGAAGAACUCAUUGGAGCUGUCUUGGAAAUACUCCGUCUUGGCAUGUCUUUAGACUUCUGUCUGAGCAUUGCUAAACUGCUGAUAGAUCAUGAAAGAGAGAGAGAGAUUUACUUCAAGGAAAUGACUCACACAGUUGUGGGUCUGGCAAGUCCCAAAUCCGUUGGUCAGUGGCAGGCUGGGGAUUUCUGCUGGGUCCCAAGAUUGCAGGAGCUGGCGAAUCCAAAAUCUGCAGGGCAGGUGGCAAGAUGGAGAAUUCUACAGGCUUACAUCCCAGGAACCAGAGUGUCUGGGGUCUUAAAAGCUUGCGAGUGGUCAUCUAUUGCUCCUAUCCCUUUCAUAGCAGAGGAGGAUGAAGAAAACCAUGGCACAAGGAAAAUAUUAGUCCAGAGGACUAAUGGACCGCAAGUACAAAAUUACACUGAUGCCCUGCACUGGUACUGUUAUUCUCUGAAGCUUUAUGCAUCUGAUCAGAUGGAUCUGAAUUUGGCAAGGCUGCAGAGGAACAUGGCUUCCUGUUACCUGAAGCUGAAACAACUUGAUAAGGCUAAAGAAGCAAUGGCAGAAGUGGAACGAUGUGAUCCUACAAAUAUUUUCACUCAAUUUUAUCUACUCAAGAUUGAAAUCUUAGAGGGAAACUCUGACAGAGAUAUAAAUGUAAUAACUAUUCUAGAGAGUUUAUUAAGAGACAAAGAGACAGAAGAUAAAGACCUACUUACAGAUAGAUGUUCACAUACCAUGCUCCUCAGUUUAGCUGCUCAGUUUGCUCUAGGGAAUGAACAACAAAUUGUGGCAGCAAAAGCUUUGGAAUAUUUAGCUCAACAUUCAGAAGACCCACAUCAAACACUUAACGCUUUAAAAUAUUUGUUUCAUCUUGUUCUUCCAAAAAUUUCUCAAAUGCCGGAAUCUGAAAAUAAAAAUAAAGAAAUGGAUAGACUUUUGACUUGCUUGAAUACAGCACUCCUGAAACUUGCUCAGUCUUUUGAUGGAGAAACUUUUACUUCAGACUCAAGAGCUGAUGAAGCUCAUUGGUUUCAAAAAAUAGCUUGGAACUUAGGUGUGCAAUCUGACAAGAACCCAGUGACAAUGAGAGAGUUCUUCAUACUUUCUUAUAAGCUGUCCCAGUUUUGUCCUUCCGAUCAAGUAAUUCUGAUUGCACAGAAAACGUGUUUACUUAUGGCAGCUGCAGUUGAUCUAGAGCAAGAGAGAAAAGCUUCAACAACUUUUGAACAGAUUCAGUUGCUGAAUCAUGCGCUUGAACAGAUCCAUAAAUGCAAAGACAUCUGGAAUCUCCUGAAAGAAACAGGGUACUUCUCAGAUGAUCCAUGUGAAACAUUGCUUCUGCUGUAUGAGUUUGAAAUUAAAGCCAAAAUGAAUGAUCCAUCAUUGGACAGCUUCCUGGAGUCAGUGUGGGAAUUGCCUCAUUUGGAAAGUAAAACAUUUGAAACAAUUGCAUCAUUAGCGAUGGAAAUGCCUGUACACUAUCCCUCCAUUGCUCUAAAGGCCCUGAAAAGCGGUUUAUUGCUCCACAAAAAGAAAGACUCAAUCGAUGUUUUGAAAUACAGCAAAUGUAUGCACAGCUUGAUUAACCUCUCAGUGCCAGAUCGGGUGUCAGGUACAGAGCUCUGUCCCCUGGAAGAAGCUUGGGGCUAUUUUGAAGAUGCUGUGAGCAUUAUUAGCCACACAGCAAGCUACCCAGAAUUGGAAAUUCUCUGGCUGAUGAUCAAGUGCUGGAAUACUGGAAUAUUUCUAUAUGACAAGGGCACGUGUGUAGCUGCUAAAAAAUGGUGUGGCUUGGCAUUGCAUUUCCUUGACCACCUUGGCUCCCUCAAGAGAAGCUAUGAAACUCAGAUGAAUGUUCUAUAUAGGGAGUUCAUGGAAGCAUUAAAUAAAAACAAGGGCUCACUUUUUAAUGAAGAGUGAGAACUACUGAGACAUGGCAUAUGAGGAGGCAAACGCAUAGCAACAAUGAGGAACAUGUAUUGUGGG